AUGCAUGUGGCGACUCAGGCCGAUACAUCAGGAGUCAUGCUGGGUCACCAGAAGCAUUGUUGGAGGAAAGCCAGGGUGGGUGCGUCGGGGCAGGAGAGGGCGUUUGUGUUUGAUGUGGUCCUGGGCCCUGAGAGUUCCCAGCAUGCCAUGUUUCAAGAGUGUGGCAUGACUCGUCUCAUAGACAUGGCGGUCCAGGGGUUCUGCUGUACUGUGUUUGCCUUUGGACAGACAGGGUCAGGAAAAACAUAUACCAUCACUGGGCCACACUCUCUGUUCUUGGAGGGAUCUCAUGACGCCUUGCUGGCAGGUCUAAUGCAGCGUUCUCUGUCAUACCUUCUUCAGCUGGCUGGCCAAUCAGAGGAGGGCUUUCACCUCUAUGCCUCAUACCUGGAGAUCUAUAAUGAACAGGUGCAUGACCUGCUGAACCCAUGUCUGCCGUACUCGUUGGCAGUGCGCGGCAGCAGAACCCAAGGGUUCUACGUAGAGAACCUGUCAGUAGUAGAGUUCCACAACCUGGACAGCUUCAUGAGAAUACUGGAGGGAGGGAUGCAGAACAGACAGAGCUCCUCUCACUCCCAGAAUGAACAUUCCAGCCGUAGCCACUCCAUCCUAACCGUCCACAUCAAGGGCAUGUCAACCCAGGGGAAGCUGUGCGUAGUAGACCUGGCAGGUAGUGAGAGGGUGAGAGAGGGAGACUCUAUAGAGGAAUUAUUGGAAGAGACAGGCAACAUCAACCGCAGUCUACUCACUCUGGGGAAGUGUAUCUCGUCUCUGGUGGAUCCUAUUAAGAGGAAUGGCCAUAUUCCCUACCGCGACAGUAAACUCACCAAGCUGCUCUCUGAUUCGCUGGGAGGAUCUGGUAUCACUCUCAUGAUUGCGUGUGUGUCUCCCACCCUGGGCAAUCUCCAGGAGACCCUGAACACACUUCGAUACUCCAGCAGAGCCAAAAGGAUCAAGAAUAGACCCAUGGUCAAGAGGGACCUGCGUGAGAAGUUGGUGGUCAGCCUCCAGAGAGAGAUCUGCCGGCUGCGCCAGGAGAACCUGUUGCUACAGCAGCACCUCUCCUCAGCCCACAAGCCUGGGGCAGGGGGUUCUGGGCUGGAGACAAAGUACCCUGGGAAAAUGAGUUCUUCUCCCCAGCAUGCAAAAGACUUGGCCGGGGUCAGGACAGGCUCCUCCUGCUCUGAGACCAGCCUCAGGAGCCUGUUGCAGGAGCUGAUGAGAGAGAACGACAAGCUACAGUGA